AGCUGCAUUCAUGACAGUGCAAACAACAUACAGGAUUGUGCAAAACCACUUUCAGAAACAACAUGAAGCUUUAAAUUGAUCCGGGCUGCAGAUUAUGUUUAAUCUGCAAUCCUCAGAUUUGAUACAGUUGUGUCAGGAUAUUUCCUUUGCCACUAUCUAUGGGAUGGUGAGAUAACAAAAUACAAUAUACAAAACAACAACAGUUUGAACAACAAAAACAGUAAUAUACAGUAUAUAAAACAAGAUGAAGAAUUAAUACGUUUGUACAUUGUUUGUUCUGUUGACUGAAGUCUUCUAAUCAUCCAGAAAACACAGUUUUAAUCUAAAUCAAAUAUUAUAAAUCAAAAUCUAUACAUGAACAAUUGUAUUUAAAUGAAUCAAAAUUAAAGUUUGUAAAAAAAAUCAUAAUCAGGACUCAAAGUGCCUCGGAUGUUUUUACUUCCUGUUUACAAUUGUUUGUAUUGAAAAUACACAACAAGACAUUUGAUGUUAAAUGUCUGCAGCCUUGCUUUCACAGCAAUCCCACCUAAUAAUUUAUUGUUUUAUUCAUUAUUUUAUCUCAUUUUACAUUAAUAUUUUAUAUAUCAAUCCUUUUAACAAUGUUUUAUGUUCAUUUUUCGUGUGAAGCACUUGGUGCAUGUCAUUUCUUUGUUGUAAAGCACUUUGUGUUUUAUUUCUUGUAUGAAAGGAGCUAUAUAAAUAAUGUUUUUUAUUGUGUUAUUACUAUUGAAAGACCUUAUUAAAAACGUUGUUUUGAAAAUCCAGACCGGAAACCAAACGUCACCGGCUUUAAUUUUGAAAGGCCUGACCGGAUGUCGCGUUGUUAUUGAUGUGGCUAACGCGGACUGACCUGACGUGUGGUCGUCUGUUGAAUGAAUGACAUCAUGCGGGCUGCUGUCUGUCUCCAUCUGCAACAUGACGCCUUCAGACACUAACGGUUAGACGUGUAUUUACGGUCUGCCGUUAAACUUCACCCGGUGUGAUGCAGCAGAAGUUGUGUUCCAGAGGUUCAGGUUCUUUCCUCUUGGAGAGGAACGGCCAGGCAUGUGGCGCCAUCACUGACCCCGUCACCUCCUGCGACCUCCCCUUCCGCUGCCCCCGCUGCGGUGAGCAGGAGCGUUUCCGCAGCCUGGCCUCGCUGCGCGCCCACCUGGAGUACCGCCACUCGUACCGCUCGCCGGACGUGGUCACAGGUGCCUUCAGCAUCACCGGGAAACUGCCCGACCCUUUGACGGCGGCGAUCCCCUGGCACGACAUGAGCCUCCCGACCCGCAGGGGGCAGCAGAGCGGGGGGCGGCCUCCUCACGCACGCUCCCUAAGCGACAGCAGAGACAGUGGAUACCUCCACUCCUACAGUUCUGUGAGAAGGCGCACGCAAAGCGUCGGCGUGGGGACGCAGGCCGAGGAGGAGGAGGAUGAGGAGGAGGAGGAUGAGGAGGAAGGUUGCACAGAUGAUGAAGAUGGAGGAGAAGAGGAUGAGGAGGAAGACAAUGGUGAAGAGAGAGAUGGAGGUAGAAGUGAGGAGGACGUCAAAAUGUCCACAAAGAAGUCAGAUGCAGGUCACCAUCACUUUAACCACCAUCACUUCCCGUUCCUGCCUCUGGCUUCUCUUGGCCCCCCGCUGGACCCGGACCUGGACCCAGACCUGGACCUGGAUCUGGACCUGGACCUGGACCUGGUCGAGCAGAACUCGUACUCUGGGUUGGAGACGGCGGCGGCCUCGGCCGCGGUGCGUCGGCGGCUGGCCAGCAUCCUGCGGGCGGCCGACAGCACCAUGCAGCGGCGGCUGGCCAAGGUGAGCACGGAGCUGGCCCAGACCGACACGGAGCUCCUGUGUGAGCGCGCUCACUCGCAGCACCUGGCCCAGGAGAGGCAGGAGGUGGCAGAGCGGGAGAGAUCGCUGAGCCGCCAGGUGGACGUGGCUGUCAUGGUGAUCGCCGCGCUGAGGGAGCAGCUCAACGCCUCGGAGAAUGAACUGGAGCGACGAGAGAGGGAGGUGAUAACCAUCCAGAAGUUUCUGGAGGCGGCGGCUCGACAGGAGACCUGCGGGAAAGUCCGGAUCCAGCGCUUCAUCGAGAACCUGCUGAGACGCAUCGCUCUGGCUGAGAGACUGGUGGAGUAUUACCAGGUCAACGGCAGCCCGACUCAGUGCAACCACUACAAGCAGCACCAGCAGCCAACCAAUAAUGGACCUCACAGAAUCACUAAAAGCAGGUCGGCGGGAGGUCAGCUGUCCUCGUCCGGUCUCCAUGACAGCAGGACCCACUCCUCCUCCCAGUUCGGCAGCCGUCCUCCGUUCUCCAAACCCGGCGCGGAGCGAGACCGGGAGCGGGAGCACCGGGAGCGGCUGGCCCAGUCGUCCAGGUUGUUCUGCCGACCCGAGCACAGAGACGACAUCUGGAACCACCAGCGCCGCCGCUCCGCCGGGUACGAGGCCUAGAACUGUAGGGAAACACCGGGGAGAGGGGACGUCAGCGGGUAAAACCUCAUUACACAGUGACUUUAUUCCAGUGUGAUAACCUGUGGAAAAGUACUGUCACAGCCACAUCAAGCUUCUAUGGAGUAGCUCAUAUUAAACAAUUCUCUUCAGUGCAAUUAUCCAUUUAAAACAAUAAAGUCCUCGAAUCACAUUUAAUAUGACCACAAACCUUUUACCAACAAAAAGGUUUCCCGCAAUCUGAUAUUCUUGAAGCAGUUAAGAAGAAAAUCAGGUUUAGAAAUGUUUCUUUCACAUGGAAACGUUUGAAAAUCGUCAAAUUUAGGCAAAAUGUCAGCGACGUACUAUUAACUGUGAAAAGUCACAAGAUUUUAGGUUAAAAUGAGACCAGUCCUAAAAAAUAUAUGCAUAAAAAUUAUUAUUAUAUGUCACAUUAAAUGUUUGUAUAGUUCCCUGGAAAUUUAUAUAUUCAGUUAUUUAUGUAAAUCAAACCAGAGCUGCAACGAUUAGACGAGUAAUUGAUUGACGGGAAGUUAAUUUCUUUUCCAGCUUCUCAAAUGACAGCGGGAAACUGCAAUGAACAUUUUUCACUAUUUAACUGUCAGUUUACAGAGGAAACGAUUAGCAGUUGUCAACUUCAGCCCCUAAAGUAAAUAAAAAGAAAACCUUAGAUAAUAAGAAAUAAUGUUAAUUUAAAAUAUAAAUCAAAACCUCUUUUAUAAAUGACUGCUAGUUGGCUCUGGGCAGACUGAUCCCUGAUGAGAGAAUAAAAACCAACUUUUCCAUUUUGUUUCAACACAUCACAGUAUCUAAUACUGUGUAACAGGGUUUAAGAACAUUAUGCAAUAAUAAAUAUUACUGCAUGAACAGUUUUUUUAUUGCCAACACUGCUAUUGUGUAUUUUGUACUUUUCCAUUGAUUAUUUCACUGAAGUAAACCACAGCUACACUGGGUGCUUCUCAGCAGGAUGCAAGUGUGGAUAAAGUUUCACUUUUCAAACACAGAAAUGAACGACAGCUUCACGUCUUUUGUCUGAUUUGACGGCACAAAUCUUAAUAUUUAGUGCAGGAUAAUUAAUAAUUUAGUGACACUUCAGUUCUGAAUUCUUUCCUUUGUAUUUUAGAGAAACUUCAGGUAAAAAUGUGAUUUUAUAUUCGUUCACUGGUUUAAGAUUUAAUCACAGUCGAGUUCUGAUCAUGGAAACGAGUUGGUUUCUUCCUGAAGUGUAAAUAGUUCCCAGUGCUGUUGAUGACACGUCCUCUCCUCUGGUCCAAACCUUCACGUCUCGGCCUGGUUCCCCAAAAGCUCCCGAUCAGUCCGGUUGUCUUCUGUCUGUCUGUGCUUUUAAGGCCAAACGGCCGUGAUCGAUGAUCAAUCAUCUUGAUAGAUGACGCACCUCCAAACAGCAUGUGUCCCAUGUUAGCUUAGCAUCCUGAACCAGGCGCUGCAGGUCUGUCGAGCUUUAAUUUCUCCCCGUGUUGAAGCGACAGUAAGAGACUCACUAUGCAUUUAAACAGUUUGGAAGGUGGUGUUUUUUUUUUACCUUCUCUAAAACAGCGUAAAGAAUAGAUCAACAGUGUGUUUGUCAGCUCCAGAACCGGGCAGAUGCUGUAAUAUUUUACAUCAUGUGGGUGAAACUGUAGCUUUGAUAUCUCGUUGCCUGCAUCUGCAGCUCCAUAUUAUUCUUUAUAUCUUCUUACUUCCUGUUUAUUAUAGAAUUGCACAAAGUAACGCUGCCUUUCCGUCUCUCUGUCAACACUGAGGAUGAAGUAGUUUUGUUUGAGUAAAACUAGAGACGCCGCCAAUACCGAUCAUGUUUGUCGGGGCAUCCACAGAUAAAACUGACCGGGAGUCCCGUGGUUAACGCUCAGCGUGAGCUCGAGGCCGUGGACGAUCAGUCGAUCUGUAGUGUGAGUGUGAAUGUUGCAGGUUGAGGUCGUGCAAAACAUGCAUCUUAAAUUAAUGCAACGUACUCACACCGGCCUUAAUUUAAGCUGCAAACAUUAGCAUGUCUGGCUAACUAGCUUCCUACCUACAUUAGUGCCCCAGCGUUAUUUCCAAGGGGCAUUUCAUGCUACACAAGUUUAUGAAGUUACUGUUUGAAAACAGCAACUUGUCUGUGAACUAAGCAUCUGGAGACAGGGUUAUUAACCAGCUCAUGAAGCUAACAUUAGCAUAAUUAGCUUGCUAGCUAAAUCUGCCAGCAACAUUUUCUUUAGCCGACAGAAGUCUGCUUUUGUCUACCUCUGUCUGAAGUCUAGGAGCCGGUGUUUAUAGAAUUAAUAAUAAAAAAUAUUCAAGCUUGACAGACAAAGUGAACAAUUAAUAAACAGCUGUUUCCAUCAAACCUGCAACACCAGCAGCAUCAAGCCUCCCUCCAGUAUCAGAGUAGUAAUGGUCAAACUGGUGGAUCAGAUUGCUGACAGAUCACUGGAGUCAUUGUGCCAUAAAACAUAUAAUUUAAACUUCAUCAGCAACUAUUCACAUCUUUUUUUCAUUGAAAUAUUUUUUGAUUUGGAAACAGCUUCCUCUCAGAGGCUCAGACUGGAAGCUGGAGGAGGCUGUGGAUGUUUUUUGGUGCUUCUGUUACCGUCAGAAAUUAAUUAUGUGGAUAAUGAUCCCUCAUAUUAUUCAUUUGGUUUUCAUUGUAUCUCUGUAUUUUUCAUCAGAUAUUUAAAGUUAUAAAGUUAUUGUCACAUAUGCACAACAAAAAUGAACAUGAAGCAUGUUUUGUAGUUGAGAUGUUGGUUCGCUGAUUUGGUUUGUAAAGCACAGACAGGACUCUGAUGACACCAGACCUGGGUCACGUCAUUGCUGCAUAUAAUUCUUGGCUUGUGUUAGAACCGGCUUCAGAUGCCAGGUGGGCGGGGUUCACCACAGUCGGACCAAUCCUGACACUGUCUGGUAACUGUGUACAGAGAGAAACGUUCUGGAUGUUGAAAAUACUUUAUUGUGGUUUUUAUUUUUCCUGGCAGUCGUGGUCCGACUGUACGUAACCAGUCACCCACCGGUCUGCUGCCAAACCAGGAAGUGUAGUGGAGGGAAAACGCAGAUAAACACAUGUUUACCCAUGUUUUGGUUUGUUGAACACGCCACCUUUAUUUAAAGGAGCAGUUCAACAUUAUCAGGAACGCUUGUUUUCCAUCUUAACCAGAAUGCGAUCAGAAGAUAGAUCAGGUUCAAGAGAUAUUCAGGACGUUUUAGCCUAGCUAAGCAUAAAGACUGGAUGGGGGGGGGGGUCUGCUAGCUUAGCUUCAUUGAGGUAAAAACAUUGUAUUUUUAUUCUUGUCAGCAAAUCUCAUAAAAAGCCAAAACCCCCAAUUAAUGUGUAUCAAUCAGAAACGCAUCAAAUUCUCACUUAAACACAAAAUGUUGAUUAAUCCGCCGCUGAAAAUAGUCCCCAACAAAUGCACCACUUCCUCCAGUUUGAGUUAAAGGAGCUAUUUGUAAGAUUUGCUAUCACUACAUAGUUAACGUUAGCAUUAGCAGCUGUUUACUCAUCAGUUUAAAAGAAACAUUGUUGUGAGCUCAGCAUCAAACGUCAUCCUUUACUCUCCAGUGGUGAAAAGUAACGCUUCUAUUUCUAUCACUACUUCUACUGACGUUAGCAUGCUAACCAACUAGCCUCUGUUACUUUCCGAUAGCGAGUCACUGUAUCGUCCAGUCUGCCCUGAAGAAGUAACGCUGCUGAGAAUGCGCAUUAAAACUUCUUGUCUUGUAAACGCAACGAUAGCUGAAGCCAAGACGGGUAAGUGAACAGCUGUUAAUGCUAAAGCUCGCUAAUAGCUAAACUUGAAUCCAGCUGUUUUGGGAAAUUAGAAAUGAAGCUAUAUAUUUGAGAGCCAUUUUAUACUUAUUGACAUCUUCAGAAGGAGCCAAUAAUUUAUAACACCGGAUUUAUCCUUUAAUUCCUUUGAUAAAGUCUUUGUGCUAACGGCUUUGGAAAACGUACCCUCCACUCCACUGCCAGAUGAGACGAGCCUCGUACAUGCAGCAGCUCUGGCGGACACCACACAUAUAACGAAUGUACUCUGAGUUAACGUAUAGCUCAUACCGAAGAGAUGCCGUGCUUUAACGCCCGAAGUCUGCCGGGUCUUAAACUCGCUCUCGUUCACACACGGGUGGAGAUUCUCCGAUCUCACACACACACACACACACACACACACACACACACAAAAACUAAAACAAAAAACGAACGACGUCGUUAUCAGCGCUCUCAUCCAAAGUGACUUACAGUGCCGUGAACGCUUACAGUACAUCUGCAGUAAACUAAACAAACUCAUGACGGCUUGUUUAAUAGAAUCAUUCCUCUCUGUAUCGUUCCGUACGAUCUGUUUACACGUCAUCUUUUUGCACUCAUCCGGUCAUAAGAAUGUAAAUGUAAAAGACGGUAUUCGGUGUAAAAUGUAUCUUUGCUGUCAUUGGUUUAGGUUUUGUUGACGGUGUUAAUAGAUAUUUUGUAUACAAAGCUAUUAUGUGUCGUCAAGUGGAAGUAGUAGUCCGACAGUCCUUUAACUUGGCAGAACAAACACAAAUCAUGUCUUUUUAUUUUUUAAUUUUUCAACAGGGUGUCUGCCGGUCCUGGAAAAGUCUUAAAUUACGUCGACUAAGUUCAAGUCCUUCAGUGUUUUUACAAAAGUUGAACAUACAUCUUGGUGUGUUAUUCCUCUGCUGAUGCUUCCAGUGGCAACCCUAGACUCCGGGGGGGAAGAGGCCCAUCAAAGAGCCCCCCCCCCUUCCCCUCACAUGACUAGUGGGAAACGCUACAAUUUACAGAUGUCCCCUAAACGCCUCACACGCAGACAAUGGGUAGAUGCUAGCUACAGCACAUCAUCAGGGGCCAGCAGUGCACUGUAUCGUGUCUUUUUAAGGUUUAAGGAGGUUUAUAGUUGUCACUGCAAAAUGUGCCAAUAUGAGGGGCCAUCGGGGGCCCCCUUUUCCCCCUUGGGGGGCCCCAAGCAUUUGCCUGGUUUGCCUCUUCUGGAUGCUUCACAUACUUUUAUUUUGUAGUUAUUACAAGUGCGUUGCUCUUACUUAAAUUUCUAAUUGGCAUUAAUAAGAAAGGCUUGAUGAAAGUGAAUGGACCUCGCAGGCACCCUUAUUGAUUUGUUCCAAAGUUAUUGGAAGUUGCCAAUAUUUUUAAACCAGAUGAUGUACAGUGUUUUUUUGUUUUCUUUCAUCAGUUGAACAAACUGAGUCAGAUUGAAAUAUUAGAAUUUCCCGAUAAUACAUGUUAAAUGGAAUAUAUAUUGAAUAUAAAGUUUAAAAAAGAAAAAAAAGCAUUAAUCAUCAGUUUUUAACUAAACCCUGAAACGCAGAGGGUGAACUCUGCUUCUCACCACAUGAAAACCUGAUCCAGAUUAAUCUGGGCAGAUUUCCCACUGAGUGUCCCAGAGAUCUGUGUGUGGUCAGACCAAUGAAUCCUGUCGCACUGAGACUGAGUGUUACCGCUGCUGUCAAUCAAAAACCCAGUUUCUCUUUGUUUCUCAGAACCAAGAGCCGACACACAAACGUCUAAAUCAGUGAACGUUUUUUUGUUUUUGUUUUAAACCAAAAACGAAAACACGUAAAAAAAAAAAAACACAGAGCAGUUUUUCUGUUUCUGUCGUAAGAAUUAAUAAACGAAAAACAAGAUCAUCAAAUUGGAAGAAAUGGUCCCAUUUUGGUGUGAAGGUAAAUAUUUCAAAAUAAAAGCCAAGAGGAUAGUGUAGACAGACAGACAGUUUGUUUGUUUAUUAUAUGUUUAUUUGCAUAUUUCUCUGACAUGGAUGAAGGGAUUAACUUUUUGGGGUUAGAUGUGGAAUAUCUAUGAAUUUAAAUAUUUUUCUGGUGUCUGUUGAAACGACCUUAGAGGCUUAUUAUGUAGUUCUGUUUAUUUUGCUCUUAAUGAUUAAAUAAAUCAUCUAAACUCUGCAGCUCUGAUCACAGUCUUCAUGUUUUGCUCUGGUCAAAAUCACUGAAAAGCGAGUGGUUGGGUUUUUAUAAACAGCAGCGUAACUCCUGAAAGGUGUGUAUGAGUGUCUGUGUGUGUGUGUGUGUGUGUGUGUGUGUGUGUGUGUGUGUGUGCAUGUGCGCAGUGCUUCAGGUUUACAUCUGGUGAACUGCUUCCUGUUGUGAGUGUCUGGUGCUCGGACACUGGACGGCGGUAGAAGGUGCAUGACGCAGACCUACUACUACCACUACUACUACAUAUGUAGCUAUUGUGUUACUGUGAAAGCAUGCUUCAUAUGUAGCGGAGAAAAAAAAAAAGCAAAGUACUUAUAAAAUACUGUUAUCUUGUACUACUACUAUGUGUACUUUUGUAGCAGAGCGAGGUCUAUUUUAAUGGUAUUUGAAGGAGAGUUGCACUAAACCAACGGAGAGCUCUUAGCUCGGCGCUGUUGGGUUUCAUACAGAGGGAGUGUUGUAAACCGGACAAUCAGCAGGGUUCAUGCACAGGUUCGGAAAAGUCUGGAAAAUCAAUUUUAUUACUUCUGUGUUUUGGGGGGAAAAAUGUGCAAGAGAGAAAAGAGAAGCGGGUGAAACGGUAACCGAACACGUAUCCUAACCGGAGUUAAUGUUAGUUGGAUUCUUACGACACUACUACCUUUCUUGCCGUGAGUCGGUAGAGACGAAGUUAGUUUUAUGUUGUGGCCGAGUUUGAUAUCCCCGAGUUCAUCAUGUUCGUCUGUAGGGAUUUCGUUUUGCAGAAGUAAUCUCUAGUUUUGUGCCUUCACUCAAAAACUCUGUAGUCUGUAUAACACUGUGCAAAAUGCAAUACUGUGAAGACCUGGAAAACUUUUUCUGUUGAAACUUGUUGGUCUGUGAUGAAGAUUAAAGAACAAACAUGACACCGAGA